CCCAGGAUUCUGUUCUCACGCACCUGUACGCAUAUAAGUGUAAUAUUAGGCCUUUGUUUAACUGGAAACAAAAACUUGCGCUCCGUAACUGUACAAUAUUUACUGGAAGAUGCUCUGCAUUCGAUUGAUAUGGCUUCCCGCACUUGUUAUGAUGCUCGUCAGGAAUGUGACGUCAACUGUUACUUGUGAUAUACCUUGUCUCGAACAAGACGCUAUCUACCCUCAUCCUACCGACUGCAGCAAGUACUGCCACUGCUCCUGGGGUACACCCUACGAGAAGACGUGUCCGCCCGACCUGCUCUUUAACGACCUGUACAAGUAUUGUGACUGGCCAGAAAAUGUGGUUUGCUCAAGCUCUUCCACAACCAAAUCGACGGUGACAGACGGUAACACCAGCGAGUUGACGGCGAUACCAACGACACAAUAUCAGCCACCGAAGAAAAAGGUCGUUUGUUACUACACCAACUGGUCACAGUAUCGGCUUGAGAAUGGCUUUUUCCCCGAGAACAUCAACCCGGACUUGUGUACUCACAUCCUUUUCGCCUUCGCUCAAAUAGUUUGGGACCCUUCUACAGCCCAGUAUCACCUGGCCACAUAUGAAUGGAACGAUGCAGCUAUGUACAAUCGAGUGAUUCAACUGAAGACGCAGAACCCUUCUCUCCGAGUUAUGUUGUCGGUGGGAGGGUACUCACAUGGACAUGAAAUAUUCGCAAAUGCAUCCAAGACCGAGUCCACCAGAGCUGCUUUUAUCGACAAUGUCAUUAUAUUUCUUAGAGAACAUAAAUUAGACGGCUUAGAUGUAGAUUGGGAAUACCCGGAUGGAAGUACUAAGUCACAGUUUAGUGCGCUUUUGCGGGAAAUACGCCAAGCGUUUGAAAGAGAAUCAGAAGAAGCGAAACAGGAACGACUGCUCCUCAGUGCUGCGAUGGCUUCUGGUGGCUGGGUAAUCAACAUAGGAUACGAUUUACCUGCUAUUACACCGAGUCUUGAUUUUCUCAACGUGAUGACUUAUGAUUACCAUGGCCCUUGGAGUGUACCACAAGUAAUGAGACACCACAGCGCCUUGUACAGAAGCAGUAUAGAUGAAAUAUAUAAUAUAGAUUGGACCAUAAAGAAAUACCUCGCUGCCGGAGUGCCGAGUUCUAAGCUGGUGGUAGGGAUACCGAUGUAUGGUCGCUACUUCAUCAUGGCAAAUCCAAAAAAACACGAUAUAGGGGAUCCCUUUGUGCUCCCCGAAGAACAAACAUACAGUAGUAUGCCUUAUUACAAGAUUUGCGAAAAGCGAAAGCUCCCUGGGUGGAGCGAGACGUUGCACCCUGAACACCAAGUGCCGUACGGCUGGUACGAUGAUAAGUGGGUGGGGUUUGAUGACGUCAGCAGCGCUCAACGAAAGGCCCAGUAUGUAUGCAAUCAAGCCCUUGGAGGGAUCAUGAUCUGGUCUUUAGACUGUGACGACUUCAGUGCCAGUUACUGUGGGGAAGGCAAAUAUCCACUGCUCUCCAAGAUCAAUACCGUGCUGGAGACUUGUUCUGGUUCUUCUUGAACUGCGGAUAUUGGGGGCACAAACUGGGGGCACAUCUACCACAUUUUGAACAUUGUGAACCAGACCUUGGCGUGGAUAGUCUUCAGCACCACUGUCAUGUAUUUUGAUGGCAACAGCUCAACUUUCUUCUGUUUAAUGAAGUCUGAUUACCCUCACGUUAAUAAUAUCUAAAUUUCUUAUUAUCUUGAAGCGGUUCUACAAUUUCAUUUGUCAAAUCUGCCAUUUAAAGAUUACUUUGUAACUGUGUGAGAUUUAAUUAUCUUUCAAAUCAAUGCUCAAGAUUAACUUUUGUUGAAAAUAAAACUGUUGAUUUUUAAAA